CAUGCGUGCCUUGUUUCUGCUUUUUCUCUGAUCUAUCGAGAUUCUCUUCUUUCCAGUGUCUUAUUCAGAUACAGAUUGCUCAGGUUCCUCUUUUCCUUCAGGUCCUGUUUCAGCUCAACUGACCCAGGAUCACGAUUUAUUUUCAGUAUGACUGCUGACGUGUCAUCCGUCGCCAGGAAACUAGAUAUCGACACUAAUGUAUCGCUUACGGAGGCGCGGGAUGUGGUCCUUGACACGGACGACGAGGAGGAGCUCAAGUGCAAAUGCCCUGAUAUUGAACUCGUCCUGGGAGCCAACCUAAGUGCGGGCUCAGGCGUGCUCCACCUCACGACACGCCGUGUCGUAUGGGUCCCCGGCUCCCAGGCCUCGGGACCCGCCUUGGCCAUGCGCUACCGACAGCUCAUGGUGCACGCCAUCUCCCGCGACCCGGCCUCCUACCCCCGGCCGUGCAUCUAUCUGAUCCUGGACAAGGGCUCCGAAGACAUGAUGGACGGAGAGGAGGACAGUAAUGAGGAUGAAGGGGAGGAGGUCGCGGCGGAGGUCCGGUUAAUUCCCGCGGAGGAGUCUAAAAUUGACGAGAUUUUCAAGGUGUUGUGCGAGUGUGCGGAGCUCAAUCCGGACUCGGAGGUGGAAGGGGAGGGCGAUUUCUUCUUUGAUGAGGCGGAGGUGAUGGCGGGUUUGGAUCCCCAGACUCGGGCGGCAGUGAUGGCGGAGAGGCUGGAGGGGGCCAUGGACCUGGGCGAGGACGGGGAGGGCCAGGAAGCGGUGGAGAACGGGGCGAGAGAGGAUUUUGAGCAGCUGGUGGGAGACGACCCGAGCCGAUUUGAGGAUGAAGAGGACGAGGAGGAGCAAGAGCCGAAUGGCGCACGAUAGUUCUUUCGGUUGGCCUUAGGACAAUCCAGCCGUUGAUCAGGCCUCCUAUUUGGCUUCGUGCGGCAGUCGUUAUGAUGAUAAGUCUUAUGAUGACGGAAACAAAAGCAAGAGAUGACUGAAAGGGCUCACGGUUGUGAGCUCGCAAAAUACUACAGUCCCCGAGAUGACUUCCGGAGCAGCGAUUCGACUGUUAUAAUAUAUGUUUUAUUGUGUAAAACGCAAUUU